CGGCUCGGCGGCGGCAUGGGGCGGGUGGCGGUGCCCCUGUGGGCGCUGCUGGCCCUCUGGGCGCUGCGGGCACCGGCAUCGGCAUCGGGGGUGGCGGCGGGUGGCCCGGGAGAUGCCAAGUGGAAAACAAUAACUGACCAAAUUAACAAAGCUGUGGAAGUCUAUAAGCCAUGUGUAAAGGAGAAUUGCAGCUGCCACCGAAGUGUCUGGAAGCAGGACCUGGCUCCUUUUCGAGGUGGCAUUUCCAAGGAGAUAAUGUCAGAUGUGGUGAGCCGGAAGCUUGGGACGCACUACCAAAUCAUUAAGAACAAGCUGUACCGUGAGCACGACUGCAUGUUCCCUGCAAGAUGUAGUGGAGUCGAGUAUUUCCUUCGGGGGAUCAUCAACCGCCUCCCUGACAUGGAAAUGGUGAUCAAUGUGCGAGACUACCCCCAGGUCCCCAAGUGGAUGAAACCCAUUAUCCCGGUCUUCUCCUUCAGUAAGACACACGAAUACAAUGACAUCAUGUAUCCUGCCUGGACGUUUUGGGAAGGAGGACCGGCUGUUUGGCCAAUUUACCCAACAGGUUUAGGGCGCUGGGACCUCAUGAGAGAGGACCUCAGAAGAUCUGCAGAAAAAUGGCCAUGGAUGAAGAAAAUCUCUAAAGGAUAUUUCCGAGGAUCCAGAACAAGCCCUGAGAGAGAUCCCCUCAUUCUGCUGUCCCGAGAAGACCCAGAGCUCGUUGAUGCUGAGUACACUAAAAAUCAGGCUUGGAAAUCUGAGAAGGACACCUUAGGGAAGCCUCCUGCAAAGGAAAUUCCACUGGUUGAUCACUGCAAAUACAAGUAUCUGUUUAAUUUCCGGGGAGUGGCUGCCAGUUUCCGGUUGAAGCACCUCUUCUUGUGUGGUUCUCUCGUCUUUCACGUUGGAGAAGAGUGGUUGGAGUUCUUCUACCCUCAGCUGAAGCCUUGGGUCCACUAUGUCCCAGUCAGAUCAGACCUCUCUGAUGUCAGGGAGCUGUUGCAGUUUGUAAAGGAAAAUGAUAACAUAGCACAAGAAAUUGCAGAGAGGGGACGCCAAUUCAUCACUGAACACUUGCAGAUGGAGGAUAUCUCUUGCUACUGGGAGCAUCUGUUGUCAGAAUAUUCCCAAGCCUUGACUUACAAAGUGAAAAGGAGGAAGAACUACAGUGAGAUCGCUUCUGAAUGGCCGAAAACCGAGCUGUAGAGACUCCUCCAUUUUUCUCUUCAGCUCAAACUGAUCUCUCUGGAAAUCUGAAGAUCGGUGUAUCUUCUUGCUUGUUCUCAGAUUUAUUAUCCUUUGUACUAAAACUACAGAAAACAGCAGUAGGCUAACUUUUUUUCCCAUGCA